AUGGGUUUCAAAACAUGGCUGCAACGACACGGGCACCAGGUGAACAGCAUGACCCUUGUGAGUGCUUUAGAGGAUAUCCGAGAAGAGUUUAGCCCAGGGAAAUUCAACAGGCUUAUAUCUAUGCCGGAAUUCCAAGUAAUAUUCAAUCUUUACAUGGAAUACUGCAAAGACGACAAUGGUCCUCUUAAAGUGUUUUGGAACAGCUACCUGGAGAUGGUGGAGGUGCUGAUGAAUUUCCUGCGAGCAACAAGGGAAGGAAACUGGUCCCUGCAUCUGGAGUGCAUCAAGGAGAUGCUGCCUUGGUUCUUCACGUACGACCACACUAAUUACACUUGA